AUGCCCGGUACAAAAAAGGGCUCCCGCCUGCGUCGUCUUUACCUUUCGAAAGGGCACCCAUUUCUGAGAGAUAUGUUCGUGUGCCUUACGUUUAGAACGUUCGAUAUCGCAGAGCAAUACGUGCACGAGCCUCUACCGCAAACCAAGGAAGGGCAGAUCGAGCUCAAAUUUUCUCAGUGGAAGUUACGAGCUGCUUCGCCACUGCCUCCCUACGAAAAACUCGAUUUGAACCAAAGGCAGCUGCUGUUUCCGAGGGAAUUCCGCGCGAGCCUUGUGUCUAACUCGUUUAAUAUGGCAGAGAUUCAUUGUCUCCUAGUCCCAGACGUAGUAUCCGAAGUGGCACAGAAAUAUGAGCUUAUUUGUGGUAGAGUGAGAAAAUAUAUGGCGCUCCAAAACGCUUCAAUAUCAGAGUCGCGGGCUGGGUUCUUUUCGGAACAACAUUAUGGGAGCGCUGCUCCUUUCAAGAAACAAUCGGAAUAUGGUUACCUUGAUGGCAGUUGCGAAGAAUCUACGUCAAAAAUGAGCUCUACCGCAGGAGACGCCAGACCGAGUCCAAACUCCCUCGGCGAAAUGUUUCGCUCGAGGGUAUUCCGGGAAACUAUAACAACGCCCUCUAUCUCACUUCGACACCCUUCAGCUGUUCAUGCGAAUAAAGUCGGCCAAAGCUGCGCUGAGAGAGGGCAGGGAUUUGCAUAUGCCACUAAAAGCGAACCUGUGAUGUACUCCUUUGUCGUCAGGAUUACGGGGAUUAUCGUUGGUUGCGUAUAG